AUGUCCUGCAUCACCGAAAAUAGGGUGAUCAUUGCGUCCCUGUUCUUGCCGUACACGGUUGACUUCCAUAUCAAUGAUAAGAGAAAGCCUGUAUAUACACCGGCCAACUUGGAACAACAAGCUUCAGGAGAGAUUCCUAAUCUUAUUCAAAGUUUGGCUGCGCAGCGCCAUUCGUCCGUGCACACGGCACAUCACAAGACACAACAGAAUGAGCUCUUUGAAUUGCAAAGACCGGAGAAGCUUAUGCAGCCUUCCACUCCAUCUUACACUGACAAGACCCGAGCAUCUCCCCUGAGAGAAAAACGUCGAGCCUCCCUUGAUCGCAAAUUUGCAGAUGCUCCGUGGUCUGCCAAACUCUCCAUAGCCGGCAAUAUUGGCCUCCAGAAUGCGGUUCAUUCCAUUCGCCACAAGUUGAAUGACUUGAUCUGGGUCGGCACACUGGGCAUGCCUACCGACGCCCUUCCUCAACAGACAAAGGACCGAAUUUGUUCCUCAUUUAAAGCCGAGCAUAAUGCCUAUCCUGUCAUACCUACCGACGCCGAAUUUGAAGGCCAUUAUAAUCGAUAUUGCAAGCAGGUGCUGUGGCCGUACUUUCAUUAUGUGGUGCAAGAUGAUGUUGAAAAUAUGAUGCUUCAAGACAAGUCCUACAAGGCAUAUCGAGCUGUGAAUCAACGGUUUGCCGACGUGAUUGUGGAGAAUUACCGAGAAGGCGACAUCAUUUGGGUGAAUGACUAUCAUUUAAUGCUUUUGCCGGGAAUGCUUCGAGAAAAACUGCCUCAUGCCAUCAUCGGAUUCUUCCUCCAUAUUCCUUUUCCUAGCUCCGAAUUAUUCCGAUGCUUGCCUCCACGCAAACAACUGUUGGAAGCCAUGCUCCAAUCUGACCUCAUUGGAUUUCAAACCUACUCCUUUGCAAGACACUUUAUUCAAACCUGUGCUCGCAUCUUAUCGCUGGAUACAACGCCUUCAGGUAUUCACAUGGACUCUCAUUAUGUCUCCAUCGGCAUCUAUCCCAUCGGCAUUGACGUCAAAGCACUCAAUAAAAAGAGAGAAAAACCGGAAGUCCGAGGAUGGAUCGACAUGCUUAAGGAUAAAUAUGCUGGGAAAAAGCUGAUUGUUGCACGAGACAAACUCGAUUAUAUCAAGGGUGUGCGGCAAAAACUUUUAGCUUUUGAACAGUUUCUCAUUCGCCACCCCGAAUGGCGCGGAGAGGUUGUGUUGAUCCAAAUUGCAUUAUCGACUUCUGAGCAGAAUGAAUUACGGGCUCACAUCUCAGAUGUUGUGUCACGCGUCAACUCCAAAUUUAGUAAUAUUUCCUACCAGCCUAUUGUGUUUCUGCAUCAGGAUAUCUCCUUUUCGCAGUACCUCGCAUUGCUCACCGCUGCCGACGUGUCACUUAUUACCCCGCUGAGAGACGGCAUGAAUCUCACUUCUCACGAAUACAUUGUUUGUCAGGAAGAACGAUGCAAUCCCUUGAUCCUAAGCGAGUUUACAGGCACUUAUGGCAGUUUUGGUGCUUGCCUACGUGUCAAUCCAUGGGAUUACAGGCAAGUGGGAGAUGCUAUUCAUGAAGCCCUCUCAAUGAACCAAGAAGAGAAAGUGACCCGGUGGAAUGAGCUGUACAAAUCAAUUAUAGCAAACUCGGCACAAAAUUUUGCUACCACGAUCAUUUCCGAGCUUUGCAAGGUACGAACAGACCCAGGAAGAAGAUUUUCAGCUAAAGUACCAUCAUUGGAUACCACGUCGUUACAAAAAGCCAUGUCAACCAGUAAAAAACGACUAUUUUUGUUUGAUUAUGGCGGUACUUUGGUUCCUUACGGGUUGUCGGGAGAUUCCAAGGAUCUAAGGCGGUUGAAAAAAGUCCUUCAUCAGCUGGUUAAAGAUCCAUGUAACUCAGUAUACGUGAUAUCGGGUCGGACCAAACUCAAUGUUGAGAGAGAUCUGGGCGACAUUCCAAACCUGGGUUUGAGCGCGGAGAACGGAUUUUAUUUGAAACCGAGAAGUGGCGAUUGGGAACAGUUGUUUGGCAAGAUCGAUCUGUCAUGGCAACCAGCGGUAAAAGAGAUAUUUCAGUAUUACACGGAGCGCACUCCCGACGCAUAUAUUGAGACGAAGGAUGUGUCCAUCGUAUGGCAUUACAGAACAAGGGCGGGUCCUGAUGCUCACUACAUAGCAUGGCAAGCCGCGGAAUGUCAAAAUCAUAUUGCUGAUUCCGUUAACAAGAAUUUCGCGGUGCGCAUCGUUGCCGGCCAUACCAAUAUCGAAGUGCUUCCUGCUGAGAUCACUAAGAGCAAUGUUAUUAACCGGAUUUUCCAAGAUAUCCAACCAGACUUUGUGUUAUCCAUUGGGGACGAUCGUUCAGACGAAGAUAUGUUUGCUUAUCUCAACAAACAAAAAGGUCCCCGUGUAUUUACCUGCACCGUGGGGAUGCGAAGUACAGAUGCCAAAUACUACAUCCCCAACGUUGAAGAGGUACUGUGUACCAUUGAAUCCCUUGUCUAACUCCCAACUCCCCACAAUAUUCCGUCGCAAAACUCCCCCCCCCCCC